AGAGAGAGAGAGAGAGAGAGAGAUUGCGAAUUAACUCGCGGUGCUCCCUCUUAGGCUAUAGGCUACUGCAUGGAUUUAACGGGGUCCGCUUUGCUCUCUGGAAAAAUACAAGAUUUACACAGAUGAAGUUGAUAAGACUCGUGGACUUGUUGAGGGCUUCUCUUUCCAUAAAAUCCCUGAUCAACCGGUAGAUAUUCAAAAGUAUAUCACCAACAACAGAAUAUCUGAUUGAGAUGGUGAAAUGUUCCGCGGAAUACUCCAACGCGUUGACUUUUGGUUGAUUUGGGUGACAGUUGUCCUCUUGGGAGCCUCAGGUACUCGUGCACACAGUUGCCACGAGGUGAAAACCGCAUUCCAGCUCCGCCAGAUCGGCUCUUUGAAAUGGGUCCCCGACACACCUGGACCAGGUGCGGACCUUCAGGUGUGCAAGCACCCCGGGCCCACCUGCUGCACCCGGAAGAUGGAGGAGAGCUACCUGGCGGCCGUCCGCAGCGAGACUCUGCAGAAGGUGCGCUCCUACAGCUUCGAGCUCAAGUACCUGAUGAGGGAUCACGCCUCCACCUUCCAGGAUACGUUCCAGUCCCUGCUGUCCUUCACUCUGAACCUGACCAGCGCUCUGUUCGACAGUGCCUACCAGCCCCUGUCCCGCGAGGCCCGCCCCCUGGUGACCCGCCUCUUCUCCGACCUCGCCCUCUACCUGGGCGGGGACAACGACACCUCCGUGGAGCGCUCCGUUCAUCGUUUCUAUGACGACCUCUUCCCCCUGGUGUACCGCCGUCUGGUCAACCCGGGCCUGGCCCCUCCCUCGGCCACGCCCUCCGCCCUGCCCUCCCCCAAUCACGUGGAGUGUCUGACCAUGACGCGCCAGGACAUCAACCCGUUCGGGCCACACCCCCGUCUCCUGGCGGAGGAGCUGGGCCGGGCCCUGGGGGUGGGGCGGACCCUAAGCCGGCUUCUCUCAUUGGGCCGCGAGGUCCUCAACGCCACGGACAAGAUGGGGCUGGCACGGGAGUGCGGGCGGGGCUUGGUGCGAAUGCAGUACUGCUCCCACUGCCGCGGCCUGACCCUGAUCCGCUCGUGCGGCGGCCUGUGCCUCAACGUGAUGCGCGGCUGCCUGGUGGGGCUGACGGGCCUGGAUGUCCCCUGGAGGAAGUACGUGGCGGUGCUGCAGGAGCUGGCCGGCACGCUCGCCACGGGACACGACCUGGAGCUGGCUCUGCUCGCAAUCCGGAACCACGUCAACGACGCCAUCCUGCACGCCCAGCUGCAGGGGCCGCAAAUCACCGCUGUGGUGAGUAUGCGUCCGACUCUCGGGAGCGACGUGCUAGCCUCUUGA